AUGUCUACACCACAAGUCGCCAAUUAUUAUUUGGGAGAAGGCGGAACGUUUUUGUAUCCACUAGUUAGAGAUCUUCUCGGAUGGAGAAAUUCAAUGACCGAAACUCUCCAACACUGUCUCCAUGAACAGCCAGAAAAUUUAAUGGCUCUCAUCAUUGAUUUAGGAACUUGUUUACUCCGCACAGAUUUGGCUUUAAAUCACGAAAUGUAUACCAAGAAAAUGCAACACAUUUUAACAAUUUUCAAAAAUUUCAGCACACCGAAUAACCAUCAACGAAUGGUCAUUCAAUUACAUAUUCAAGCAUUGCAAGCAUGGAUGAGAGGACAAUAUCAACAUGCCGCUGACAUUUGGGAGGAAUUGUUAAAAAUUGAUUCUUUUGAUGCCAUCGCCUUAAAGUUUGCCUACGAUGGCUACUUUUACUUGGGUGACAGUGAAAAUAUUUGUAAAUCUGUAGAGAGACAUGUUGAAAAUUACAAUGAUGAGAGAUGUGUACCCAUGGAAAUUUAUGGUUAUGUAUUGGGAAUGUAUGCCUUUGGCUUGGAAGAGACACAUCAAUAUCGACAAGCAGAACAAGUCGCCAUUAAGGCCAUUGCCAUCAAUAAGGACGAUGCUUGGGCCAUGCAUGCCUGGGUUCAUGUUCGAGAAAUGGAAGGUGACACUUCACAUGGAAUUGAUUUCAUGAACAACGAAGAGAGCGUUUGGUCCACGUGUCACGCUCUUGCAUGUCACAUGUAUUGGCAUUGGUGCUUGUAUCUCAUGGAUCAGGGUUCCUUUGAUGAGGUGUUAAAAAUUUAUGAUGAAAAGAUUUCAUUGCAUAUUGAAUCAUUAGCUCCACUCGAUCUCGUCGAUGCCAGUUCCUUAUUGUAUCGUUUGUAUCUGGAAGGAGUUAUUGAUAAGAAGGAUGAAAGAUGGAAGAAAGUUCGUCACUGUUGGUCCUCCAUGAUUCAAAGUCAUGCCCUUGCUUUCAAUGAUGCUCACAUCACAAUGGUUUACAAUGACCGAACGGAUGAGAAUGUUCGCAAAAUGGUCGAUGAACAGUUGCAAACUCUUGAAUAUUAUGUGAAUUCUGAUCAAAAUGAAGAUUCAUCAUACAGUGAGGAUCAUUUCGAAAAUGUUUGCAAAAAAGUAUACGAACAAGCUGGAAUUCCAAUUUGCAAAGCCAUUGAUGCCUAUAAUUCACAGCAUUUCACAGAAUCAGCCAAACUUUUACAAGAUAUUGUUCUCACAGGAAAAUUGAAAAUGAUAGGAGGCAGUCAUGCACAACGUGACGUCUUUGAAUUAAUAUUUAUUCAUGCUCUUUUUGAAAGUUGCACACAAGCCAAUGGUUCAUCGUUGGAAAUACUCACAAAAUUGUUGGAAAUGAGAAAAUCCAAGAAACCAAACAGUGGACUUGUGAAACGACUUUAUGAAAAAUUUUAUCAAGUUGGUGGUGACAAGAAGAAAUUGCAUACAAAUUCUUUGUAG